UACUGGUGACGGAGACAGAUGCGUAGCGGUCGAACUCGAACUGUUACCGACAUUGUCCUUGCAUGAAUGCGUCAGACUGAAGACAAUCCAGUGCUGGGCUCGUGACAUCCGGGAACGACGAAAGCCCGAGUGUGGUCACGAGUCUGGGAGUCGAAUGUCACUGUAUUUGAUUUGGCGCUUUACUAAAAGUUGUUUUUUCUUGCGGUGUGUAUCAGUACAAUGCAACAGAUGUCAAGACUGUGCUGUACUAGUGAGAUAGUCUCAUUCACGUGCUUGGUGUGCCCAACAUGUGACGUCAUAGCAAAUCUAGACAUCUGGUGUUAUGCGUUAAUUAGUGCUAGCGCCUAAUGUUUUUGCAAUUGCGGUUUUCAUUAGUGACAUCAUACAUACAGAUUCCUGUAAAAAAUUACGUUUUUUUAAAACUGCAAGCCCGGAUGUGAUAACCCGGAUUGAUUGUGAUGUCAUGGCCAACUUGAAACGACCUCUUCUUGGAUUAGGCCACUGGAUUCGCGUUAUUCAGGACGCUGGCGGUGUUUGGACAGUAAUCAAGAGACUAAGUCGAGACGGUCCCGCCGAAAUUCGGACCGGGACUCUGGUUGGUGCAGACAAGUUCGGCAAUAAGUAUUACGAAAACAACAAUUACAUCUGGUCUCGACAUCGCUGGGUCGACUACGGCAAGUGGAAGGGAUUCGAUGCAAGCCAAGUACCCGGAGAAUGGCAUCGCUGGCUGCACUCAAUGACUGACGAUCCUCCCACUAGAGUCCCACCAGUUCAUCGUAAAUUUUUGCAAGACCACGAGGAAAACUUUACUGGCACUAACAGGCAGUAUGUUCCAUAUAGUACAACUAGAGCGAAGAUUGAAUUGUGGAAUCCUGAAGUGAAGGACUGAUUUGUUUGACUCUGCGGUUUGAACGUCGGGGUUGUUCAGAAAGUGUACAUUAGUUAAUAUUAAUGUAGCCGGUUGUGAUAGUCAUCUAGUUGUGAAUGUUUUAUGUGCAUCCUA